CUACGCGCUGGAAAUCAUUAUUCUAAUUAUUGAGAAAAUGUAUGCGAAAUUUCGUAUAUUUCUAACCCUAUUUGUGUUUGUGAAUAUAAAUUUGAAAAUUCUAAAUGCCAGCGAAGCUACCAGCAAAGUCGCGGCGAACGCCAGUAAUAACGACGAAAAUGUUGCACUGCCCUUGGUGGUUGCUAGCGAUAAAUCGGAUGCCGAUGCGGCAACAGAAACGCAAAGCCCAACAGAUGAGACAGAUACAAUAGCAACAACAACAGCAGCAAUAACAUUACCAAAAGCCAGAGCACGCAGCAUCGCCGACAACAGCUACGAAGAUGGUGGCGAGUACAAAUUAACACGCAAAGAACUGAUGGACGUGCAUCAGGCGCAGGUGAAGGAAACAAUGAGGCCGCUGAAGAAUGCCUUUAGAGGGGUUUAUAAGAGUUACAAGAGCACUUACAUGGGAAAUGGCACUUCGGCGGAGUAUAAGAAGCGUUUGAUUGAACGCUUAAAUGCCGCCGCCACAGCGCUAAGCCACUCAACCAUCACCACCGCCCAACCUGCAGCCGGACGCACAACGACGCUGGGCGAUGAAGUGUCUAUUGAAGACGAAAGACUUAAGGGCGAAACUUCAGCAGCGGAGGUCACAGAGCCUGCACCGAUAUCAUCACCACCAACACCAUCGCCAACGUCAGCAGCGCCAACAUCAGCCGCACCAACGCCAGAAUCGCCAACGCCAGCCUCAGCGGUGAGCGAGCUAAGUGAAGCACUCAAAGCGAAGUUAAAAGAAAAGCUACGUAAGCGUAAACGUAAAUAUAACCGCGCGCACGCGUCUGCUAAGCGCACAAAAAUCAAUACUCACUUCAGCGAGUCAAGUGCCGUUACUGAUAACAUCAUCAUGCAGCACAACAACAAUGUUGAUUAUACUAAAAACACCGGCGAAAAUGUAAACGAACCAGCACUUAACGGUACACACUUCUCGACACAGUUCAACGACGCUGCCAGCGAUAAGCAUUAUCGCUACGCAAUCGGACCGGGCGUCAAUAUGAGCUUCGAUAUGUUAAACGAUAUCGUGAAUGUCAAUUUGGAUGGUGAUAAUCUGAGGGAAAUAAUGCGGGGGCGUUGGCUGAGCGAUAAUACGGAGGAAGGUCGCGGCAAGAAAUACGAUAUGGUCACCAAAGUGUUGCCGCUCUUUGUCUUGCCCUUCCUCAUUCAAUCCGCUAUCGUGCCAUUUCUGGUCACCAAAUUGAAAUUGUUGUUGGUGAAAUCGAUAUUAAUCGGCAAAUUGGCGAUAUUCCUGCUCAUACUCUCAGCAAUAAGGAAUAGCAAUAAAAUGGUACAAUCCUAUGAAGUCGCACCCUCGUAUUGGGCUGGUGAGCCAAGUCGGCGCUCGGAAUUGGCGGCCGCUUCUACGUCGACAGCUUACAAUGGCUAUCGGGUGGAGGGUAAACCGGCGGCUUGGAUCAAUUGAUGAUUAUUUGCAUUACCUAAGAGCUAUGUUUAAA